AUGAGGACGUAUUCUUGCGCCUUCGCACUUCUUCUGGGGGCCGUCGCUCCUUCCCACCAGACAAACCCAUCCUGGUAUGAUCAAGGGCUGUUGGGCGCCUAUCCAUCGCGCGAGUAUCACUCCUUCCACCUCCCUUCACCGCGGUUGCACGUGCUGGAGGCGAGUGACCACUGCGAUCAGAGUUACGUCUUUAUCGAACCCCGUGGCAACUCGGUGUCCGACCCGGGCCCGAUGAUUCUCGAAGCCAAUGGGGAUCUCAUUUACAUGGAGGCCAAGUUCGGAGAGGCCAUGGAUUUCAGACCCCAAGUUUACAAGGGCGAGACCUACCUCACCUUUUGGUCGGGAACAGAUGAUGGCACUCACGGUCACGGGUCCUAUUACAUGCUUGAUUCCUCGUACGAGGUCAAGUAUAUCAUCAACCCCGCCAAUGGGCUGGAGGGCGACCUGCACGAAUUUACCAUCACCGCAGAUGGAACCGCCCUCAUGACGAUAUACGAGAUCACACCCGCCAAUCUGAGCACCGUAGGCGGUCCCCCAGAAGGGUGGAUCCAUGACUCAAUCUUCCAGGAGAUGGACAUCGAGACGGGCGAGCUGAUCUUCGAAUGGCGCGCAUCCCAGUACUACCGCGUCGACGAGUCAUUCGACCGGCCCAACGGAAAGGGCAAAAGCCAAGACCACGCCUGGGACUUCUUCCACAUCAACAGUAUCGACAAGGACGCCGACGGAAACUACUACAUCUCGUCGCGGUACAUGCACACCGUCACUUGCCUCAGCCCUGAAGGCAAGAUUCUCUGGAAACUUGGGGGUCAGCACAGUGACUUCACUGACCUGUCCGACGGCGCGGCGUCCAAUUUCUCGUGGCAGCACCACGUCCGCUGGCACGAGAACAACACGCUGACCAUCUUCGACAACGGCGCCUAUUCCAAAUACGAACGGACCGCCGACUACUCGCGCGGCCUGCACGUCCAGCUCGACCUCGACCACAUGACGACCACGCUCCUGGUCGCCUAUGUGAACCCCAUGCACAUCCUGUCCGGGUCCCAGGGUAGCGUCCAGUUCCUCGACAACGGCAAUGUUUUCGUCGGCUGGGGUUACAACGCCGCCUACACCGAGUUCUCCCGCGACGGCAAGGUCCUUUGCGAUAUCCACUUUGGCGCCUCGGCGUACUUCAACACAGGGUAUAUCAAGUCGUACCGCGCGUUCAGGGGACACUGGGUCGGGACGCCCAACACGAAGCCUGAUAUUGCCCGCCGAGAUGAUGGGGUUUACGUAAGCUGGAACGGCGCUACGGAGGUCGAUGCUUGGAAGUUGCAGAGCGCUGGGCAUGCGGACGCGCAGGAUGGUGACUUUAGCGAUGUGGAAAUCAUCAAGAAGAACGGGUUUGAGACCAAGUUCCUUCCUGAAGACAUCGUAGGGAAUUUUCUGCGGGUCGUAGCACUGGGCUCCAAUGGCGAGGCCUUGGGGUUGUCAAAGGUGCUGGAUAGGGGCGCUGGACGUAUUGUCGAGGGAAUCUUUGAGCCGAUACAGGACCGUGACUUUGUUGCGCUCCAAUUACUACUUGGUCUUCUUGUAUUCGCAUCAUUUGGGUUUGUUGUGUGUGCGCGUACAACCAGAGAGCCCGCUGUGCAACUUCCAGACGCUUCUCAAGCGAUUUAG